GAGAUCACACCAGUGGCCUCCAGCCUGGACAACAGAGCAAGACUCUAUCUCCAAACAACAACAACAACGACAAAAAUGAACCUUGUGUGGGCCCAAUUUAUUACCUAUAUUAUGAUUACAUUUUAUAGAUUAUAUAAUUUUAUUCUAAUAAUGGGAGAUGGAUGAAUCACAGUAAAAUGUUUAAGGUAAAACAUUUCACUGUUUUUUGGAAAUAGUUUUUCUGUGUUAGUUAAAGGGAAACUGUUACCACAAGCUUACUUUAUCAAGAAUCAGGAAGUUCUAUGAGAUCAGUAUUAGAUUAAAACUGUCGUUUUGAGUAGAAGACUACAUAUUUUAGGUAUCCGGUUAGAAAACAUACUUGUCAGAAUUGUCUGGCUGGAUUAAUUUGCUAAUUUGACCUUCUUCAUCAUUUGAUGUGAUGCCAGAUACUAACAGCACAAUUAACUUAUCACUAAGCACUCGUAUUACUUUAGCGUUUUUUAUGUCCUUACUAGCUUUUGCCAUAAUGCUAGGAAAUGCUGUGGUCAUUUUAGCUUUUGUAGUGGACAAAAACCUUAGACAUCGAAGUAGUUAUUUUUUUCUUAACUUGGCCAUCUCUGACUUCUUUGUGGGUGUGAUCUCCAUUCCUCUGUACAUCCCUCACAUGCUGUUCGAAUGGGAUUUUGGAAAGGAAAUCUGUGUAUUUUGGCUCACUACUGACUAUCUUUUAUGUACAGCAUCUGUAUACAACAUUGUCCUCAUCAGCUAUGAUCGAUACCUGUCAGUCUCAAACGCUGUGUCUUAUAGAACUCAACAUACUGGGAUCUUGAAGAUUGUCACUCUGAUGGUGGCCGUUUGGGUGCUGGCCUUCUUAGUGAAUGGGCCAAUGAUUCUAGUUUCAGAGACUUGGAAGGAUGAAGGUAGUGAAUGUGAACCUGGAUUUUUUUCGGAAUGGUACAUCGUUGCCAUCACAUCAUUCUUGGAGUUCCUGAUCCCAGUCAUCUUAGUUGCUUAUUUCAACAUGAAUAUUUAUUGGAGCCUGUGGAAGCGUGAUCAUCUCAGUAGGUGCCAAAGCCAUCCUGGACCGACUGCUGUCUCUUCCAACAUCUGUGGACAGUCAUUCAGAUGUGGACUAUCUUCAAGGGGAUCUCUUUCUGCAUCGACAGAAAUGCCUGUGUCCCUUCAUUCAGAGAGACAGAGGAGAAAGAGCAGUCUCAUGUAUUCCUUAAGAACCAAGAUGAAUAGCAAUAGAAUUGCUUCCAAAAUGGGUUCCUUCUCCCAAUCAGAUUCUGUAGGUCUUCACCAAAGGGAGCAUGCUGAACUGCUUAGAGCCAGGAGAUUAGCCAAGUCACUGGCCAUUCUCUUAGGAGUCUUUGCUGUUUGCUGGGCUCCGUAUUCUCUGUUCACAAUUGUUCUUUCAUUUUACUCCUCAGAGACAGGUUCUAAAUCCGUUUGGUACAGAAUUGCAUUUUGGCUUCAGUGGUUCAAUUCCUUUGUCAAUCCUCUUUUGUAUCCAUUGUGUCACAAGCGCUUUCAAAAGGCUUUCUUGAAAAUAUUUUGUAUAAAAAAGCAACCUCUACCAUCACCACACAGUCGGUCAGUAUCUUCUUAAAGACAAUUUUCUCACUUCUGUAAAUUUUAGUCUCAAUCUCACCUAAAUGGAUUAGGUCUGCCCUUUAUCUUGCCCUUUUCAUUCUACCAACAGAUCUGCACUUUGAAGUCAAUGGAAAAUUACUCCAGUGAAUAAUAGCAGUAUAAUUAUGACUUGAUAAUAUUGUUGUAAACUUGUAGUCAUAAUAGUACUAUAUUCUUCUUAGUCUUCACCUCUUCCUUGUCUUUUAGAUCUUUAUAUCAUGCUGAUUACAAAAAUCCAGUUUUGUUUUCUAUGUUCCAUGUAUAAUACAAUCUCAAGUGAAUUUCUCUUUUUUAUUUUAUAGUAACAGAAACUUAUCCAGUUUGAAAAUCAUUCCCUAAAGCAUUGCAGUAGGAAAAAGAACCUCCUGGCUGGUACUGCCCAACUCUGUUCUGAUCAGUGGGUGGGUGAGGUAGGGUUUGAGUUGGCAAGAGCAGGGAACGGGGAUGUGCCCAGGUGAGCUCCUGUGUGUGUCCAGAUUUUAUAUUCCUAAUCCCAGUAAGGAAGAAAGCGUAGUGUGGGAGAGGAAAGAGUUGAUGAUGGCAGCUCUCAAAGGUCCUCAGUGAAGUUAUUUUGGAGGCCCUGGUGGUCACAGGAUCAGAAGGCAAGGGAUAGGCAAUUGUCACCAAUGGCUGAAAGUAUGGCUUGUCCCAUUUCUUCCUGUUCUCUUCUUCCAGCUUCCACAUCAGCUUCCUUUUGUGAGAAAAUAUGGAAGAGGAAGGCUAAGAGAUGCUGAAGGGACUAUAUGAUUUAACUAGAUAGACCUCGUGUACAGUCACUGAACUAGUAGAUGUCAAUAAUUAUUAUUUUUUAAAAAUUUUAUUUGUUGACUGGUCAUGGUGGCUCACGCCUAUAAUCCCAGCACUUUGGGAGGCCAAGACAGGUGGAUCAUGAGGUCAGGAGAUCUAGACCAUCCUGGCCAACAUAGUGAAACACCAUCUCUACUAAACUACAAAAAAUUGGGUGGGUGUGGUGCUGCAUGCCUGUAGUCCCAGCUACUCGGGAGGCUGAGGCAGGGGAAUCGCUGAAUCUGGGAGGCAGAGGUUGCCAGCCUGGCGACAGAGCAAGACUUUGUCUAAAAAAAAAAACAAAACAAAACUAUUUGUUUAAAACAGCAUACAGCAUCUUGCUUUGUCUCCCAGGCUGGAGUGUAGCAAUGCAAUCAUAGCUCACUGUGGCCUUGAACUUCUCGGCUCAAGCAAUCCUCCUGCCUCGUCUUCCCAAGUAUGUAGGACUACAGGUACUCGCCACCACACCUGGAUAAUUAAAAAAUUAUUUUUGUAGAGAUGAAGUCUCACUGUGUUGCCCAGGUUGGAUGUCAAUAAUUAUUAAAACAAAUUUUUUUUAAAGUUUUUUUGAGACAGACUCUUGCUCUGUCACCCAGGCUGGAGUGCAGUAGCGUGAUCAGGGGUCACUGCAAUCUCUGCCUCCCAGGUUCAAGCAAUUCUUGUGCCUAAGCCACCUGAGUAGCUGGGAUUACAGGUGCAUGCCACCAUGCCUGGCUAAUUUUGGUAUUUUUAGUAGAGAUGAGGUUUUGCCAUGUUGGCCAAGCUGGAAUUUUUUUUUUAUUUUGAUAAGACAGGGUCUUGCCAUGUUGGUCAGCCUGGUCUCAAACUCCUGGGCUGAAACAACCCUCCCGCCUUGGCCUCCCAAAGUGCCUGGAUUAUGGGCACAAGCCACCACAAUAAUUAUUGCCUGGAUGUCAAUUAUUAUUUUAAAAUGUUGUUGUAUUUAUUUAAUGUUUUUAAUGCAUGUGCCCAAUAUUUUACAUUGCACUGCUCAGAGAUAUUCCUUUAUUAUGUAGUUAGUAUAGAUUAUACUUUACAGAUGAUUCACAUUUUAUUAGUUUGGUGAUGUUUUGUCCUUUUUAAAAAUUUUCUUUUGAGAUGGGGUCUUGCUCUAUUGCCCAUGCAGGAGUGCAGUGGCAUGCUCUCAGCUCACUGCAGCCUUGACUGCCUGGGCUCCAGCAAUCUUCCUACUUCAGCCUCUGGAGUAGCUAGGACCAUAGGCACUUGCCACCACACCCCACUAAAAAGAUUUUAAAUUGUUCUCUUUCUUGUAAUGUUCUCUGCCUGUCUUUGUCACAAAAUUUCAUUUUUCUCAUAGUUAAUUUCAUCUCUCCAAUAAGAUUUUAAUGGUUUUUCUUUUAUAACUUUGCAGUUCUUACACCGUUUAGUCAUUUUCAUGUUUCUUAGAAACUUUAAACCUUUGAUUAACUUCAAACAUUAAAAUACAAAAGUCUUUUAAGUACAUGAGUGCUUAGAAAUGUACAUAAUGUUUAUAUACCCUUAUGCCUUAUUAAAGUUCAAUAUGAGAAAUAUGUGUUUAACGUUCAAUAAUAAUUUGAAAAAUUUGAGAAGUAAACUCUCAUAAAUGCA